AAAUACUGUUUAAAACGCCGUCAAAAACGGCGUUCGGAUAUAAACGCGUUUAAUCUAUGGCGUAAUUGUGACACCGUCGGCUUGCCAUAAAUACGGCGAUCAAAAGCACGCGAAUUGUGAUCCCGUUGGCUUUCGAUAGCUACUGCUCAUUUGAGGCACCUGCCUUGAAGGAAUCUCUUUAAGAUGACUUUCAGAAACACCUCCGUGGAUUUAUUCUCGCAGUUUUACAUCUUACAGAAUUUCUCCACGUUUUUUAAUUUCUCGCUGGUGGACGCGAUAUAUGACAGAGCAGCGAGCUCUGAGUCUGAAUCGCACAGACCGACCAUCAGAGCGCUGCUCAUCAUCGCGUACUCGGUUAUCAUCAUCAUCUCCCUCUUCGGAAAUGUGGUCGUUUGUCAUGUUGUCGUUAAGAACAAACGGAUGCACUCGGUGACGAGUUUGUUUAUUAUGAAUUUGGCCAUUGCUGACAUUCUUAUAACUCUCCUCAACACGCCCUUUACUCUGGUGCGGUUUGUUUACAGUACAUGGGUGUUUGGGAAGGUAAUGUGCCAUGUAAGCCGCUUUGCACAGUAUUGCUCCGUUCACGUCUCUGUCCUCACACUGGUUGCCAUCGCUAUUGAUAGACAUCAGGUGGUGAUGCAUCCAAUGAAACAGAGGAUGUCUCGGGUUAAGGGAGUGGCCUGGAUCGGUGUUAUCUGGGUGAUGGGGUCUUGCUUCUCUCUACCUCAUGCAAUCUACCAGAAACUCCUGCGCUUUGAAUUUAUCAAUAACAGGGUACGGAUGGUAUGUCUGCCCAGCUUCCCACACCCGUCUGAUCUCUUCUGGAAGUAUCUGGAUCUCACCACAUUUGUCCUUCUCUACAUCCUGCCACUAGCGAUCAUCUCCAUAGCGUACCUUGUGGUGGCCAAAAAGGUUUGGUUCCAGAACGCCGUUGGUGAUAUCACGUUGGCCCAAUCGGCUGCCCAUCGCCGGAGGAAGAAGACGACCCUGAAGAUGCUGAUUGCGGUGGUGGCCAUGUUUGCUGUCUGCUGGUUCCCUCUAAAUUGUUACGUGGUGCUGCUGUCAAGUAAGGUGAUCCAGGCAAAUAAUGCCCUGUACUUCACCUUCCACUGGCUGGCCAUGAGCUCGACCUGCUAUAACCCCUUCAUAUACUGCUGGCUCAAUCACAGCUUUCGUGCAGAACUCAGAGCUCUGCCUUUAAUCGGACGCUUGGCCAAGGUCAACGCUAUCCAGCCAUCCUAAGGAGGACCGCAUAUCCUACAAUCUAUUUUCUUAUAGAUAUCUGAUGUUUUUUCUUUUAAACACACUCAAACCCCAAACCUCCGUAGUUCUCUCAUCUCAAUCUCUGUGAUUUUAGUAUUUUUAUCUCACCCAAGGCUCUUAUUUAUAGUCCUCUCCAUAUUUUAUUAAAAAAGAGCAUUAGGUUGCCAUGCGGUAAGACGACAAUACAGAAAAAGGAUGUUAAUUAGCAACUACUGUGCUAUUUUUCAAGAGAAAAAAUGUUUGACUGGUUGAAAAGCAUGCCUUAAUGAUUGCAGAAUGGUUUGAAGUGGCUUUUUUGAAGUACUGUACAGGGUUUUUCCUGGCUCGUAAUGAGGCGGAGGUGGUGCCAUCCUGAUCUUGUACACACACACGAAGGCCUACCGUACCUUAACAAAAGUGACUUUGACGUAUUAAAAGUUCUAAUAAAAUUUGACGAAAAUGACCAUUUUUAAGUUAUAUAAAACAUUACUUUUAUUCAACCAAACAGAAAUGUUUUUUUAAUCAAAUAAAGCUUUUUUUAUAAUUUUCAACUAACUUUUCAGCCCACAAUAGCCAACUGAAUUAACCAGUUUUACUAAAUGAGCAAAGCUCAUUCACGUCUUGCAUUCUCUGUGGUUCACUUUAAAUGAUUCAAUGAUCUGUUAUAUUCGCUAGUGACUGAAAAGUUCAAUAGUUUAAAUGAAUCGGUUCAAAUGAGUCGUUCUGAACGCAAUGUGCGUUCAUACUGGCGAACUCGCGGUGUACAGUAUACGCUGAUUCA